AUUCUUAUACAGUUCAUUGGUCAAACGGUCUUGACAUCAUUCUUUGCACCGGAAGUAUAUUCUCAAUAGAAUCGAAAACGGCGAGCUUUAAAAUACAGAAUGAUGGAUGGGUACCGGGGCAGGGAGACGGUAAAUCUGGAGGAACUACCGCAGCUUUACAGCAUCAUCCGCGGAGAGGUGGCAACUGUCACGGCUUAUGGAGCCUUUGUGAAAAUCCCUGGUUGCAGAAAGCAAGGUCUUGUCCACAAGAGUGAGAUGUCCUCCUGUCGCGUGGAGAAUCCCUCUGAAAUUGUGGAUGUCGGUGAGAGAGUGUGGAUAAAGGUCAUAGGGAGAGAGAUACAGGAUGAGAAGGUUAAACUUUCAUUUUCAAUGAAAUCUGUCAAUCAAGGGACGGGGAAAGACCUGGAUCCAAAUAACGUUGCUUUAGAGCAGGAUGAGAGGAGGCGGCGACAGUUCAGAGACCACUCCGGUCAGAGAAUUACUCUGGAGGCUGUUCUCAACACCAUCUGCAAGAAGUGUGGGUGUAAAGGCCACUUUGCCAAAGACUGCUUCUCUCAGCCUGGCUUGCAGUACAGCCUGGUUCCGGAUGAGGAAGAGGAGGUGAAGGAAGAGGUUCCCAACCUGACCGUCGAGCAGCCGCACAAGCGGAAGAAGGAGAAGAAGUCAAAGAAGAAGAGGAAGAAGAAAGAGAAGAAGCAGAGCUCGUCAGACUCCGACUCGGACAGCAGCGACAGUGAUGACGGGGGGCCGGCCAAGAGAGGGCGCUCUUCCAGUGGGACAGUGAGCAGAGAAGACAAGAAAAAGAAGAAGAAGAAGAAGCAGAAACACAAGAGUCACAAGAAACGGGAGUGAGGGGGAUGGGAUAGCCACAUCUGUCUGUAUAUGUGUGUGUGUACGAGCAGGUGUUUGUGCAUGUGUGUGUGUGUGUGAGAGAACUGCAUUGGGCUUAGAUUCAAGCUCUUUCCUGCAUCUACAAGGGUUAAAUUACCCUGACAUGCUGGAACCUACUGUCUCUGUGAUUGGCAGAGAUCAGGAGGCGUGUUUGGAUGCUGUUCUGUUCAGUACUCUCUAACAGACACUCUUGGAUAACAUGGUCAUCCUUCUAUGGCAUGGUCCCUUAAAAACCUGUACCACUGAUUCAACAAUACCCUGAAACCUGACCAAACACAGUCUUUAUACCUGCCCCAAUCAGAACCCUGAAACCUGAUUCAAACAACCCUUAAAUGUGACUUAUGGGACCCUCAAACCUCAAAAUGUUAGAUGGAACCUUCAAACACGAGUCAAACCGAACCCUUAACCCUGACACAGACAGAACCCAUAAACCUAAAUGAGUGAUUAGUUCCUUUUUUUGUUAUGAACAUUAAAGUUGUGUUUAAAAACAAGA